AACCCCGUCAUUUUCCGGGGACGAAAUUGUUUUGGGGGGACAUGACUUAUUGACUGGUGUUAGGUUAUUUAAACGUCUCAAAAGCCAACAUCCUUUGUCCACAAUGUUGGCCUGUACUCGCCUCUGCAGCAGUACUAUAUUCAGCGCUUUUCGCACCACUCCGGUAGCUGCUGUCGGUCAGCUCCAGAGAGGUUUGUCCUCGCAGACAGACGGAGAGGAGCGCAUCGCAACCAUACUGAAGGACAAGUUUCCUCUGGCCUCCAAGCUCAAAGUGACGGAUAUAUCAGGUGGCUGUGGGGCCAUGUAUGAGAUCCAUAUAGAAUCCAGUGAGUUCAAAGGAAAAAGAACUGUUCAACAGCACCAGCUGGUCAAUCAAGCCCUGAAGGAGGAGAUCCAAAGCAUGCAUGGCCUGCGAAUCUUCACUAAUAUCCCAAAGUAGUAAAAGAUAGAAUAAUUCACUUCUGAACCACACCCCUUUUUGCUUUUUCACCUAAUAAGAAUGUGCAGACUCAUCAAACAUGGUAUAUCGUUUAGCAAAUGCAUUUCAGCCAAAAAAAAAAAGUUAAGGCGUUAACAACAGAGAUGUAGUUACAACAUUUUCACAGUAAAAAUGUGAAAUACAUGGACAGUAAGGUAAGACUAAGGUUUUUUGUUUGUUUGUUUUUGGGGGGUUUGUAAAGAAGGAAAUCUUCUACGUAAGAUGUAAAACCAGUAACAGCUGUGAUACGCACAACAUGACCAAAUGUUUGGUCAUGAUCAAGUCACUAUUCUUUCCUGUUAGGGGGGUCUCUCAGGGUUGUUUGUGAAGCUAGUGUUAGUCCUCAUGAAAUCAGCUACACAUCCUUUAUUUAAACUACCUUUCCAGCAAUGUGACCACAAUGUAUGUACAGUUCACUUGAAGUUGAUCUAUUUUAAAAUAUUGUAUAUCAGUGGGUUGUCCACGAAUCUUGGGCUUAUGUUUUAAAUGGGGGUUGUAAUAAAAAGCAGCAGCUUUA